UGACCUCCUCCUCCUCCCCCCCCCAUCUCGUGACGAUGUCCGCCUCUGAGGCGAUCGUCCCUGCUGGCGGCGCCGAGGCCACCGCCUCCGGCACCCUGGCUGCCCUCCCUCAGAAGAAGAACUUCCGCCAGCGCGCCCACAGCAACCCCUACGCCGACCACCUGCUCGAGUAUCCCACUUCGCAUACCGAGAUGAACUGGAAUGAAUUCUUCCCCGCCUACUUCAAGGAGGACGGUACCCCGGUCUACCCGGACUCGGACGUCAGCUCUGUCCGCUUCCUGGACGUUGGUUGCGGCUAUGGUGGCCUUACAGUGUCCAUGUCCAAGCUCUAUCCCGAUCGCCUGACUCUGGGCAUGGAGAUCCGUGUCAAGGUGAGCAGCUACGUGCAUGAGAAGAUCCAGGCCCUUCGUCAGCAUGGCGCCGCGGCCGCCACCCCGGAGCAGCUCGCUGCCGGCAAGCCGACCCUCUAUCAGAAUGCCUCCGUCAUGCGGGCCAACACCAUGAAGCACCUCACCCGCUUCUUCGGCCGUGGCCAGCUUGAGAAGAUCUUCUUCCUCUUCCCGGACCCGCACUUCAAGCGCGCCAAGCACAAGUGGCGUAUUAUCAGCCCUGCUCUGCUUGACGAGUAUGCCUAUGUUCUUCGGCCAGGCGGUAUUGUGUACACCAUCUCCGAUGUGCUUGUCCUCCACCGCUGGAUGGACAGCCACCUGGAGGCGCACCCCAUGUUCGAGCGUGUGUCCGAGGAGGAAAUCGAAAACGACCCUGCCAUCUACCUGGUGAAGAACAGCUCGGAGGAGGCGCAGCGUGUCGACCGCAAUGGCGGCCGCAAGUUCCUGGCCAUCUUCCGCCGCAUCGUCGAUCCCGAUGAGCGCAACCCCCUGCCGCCCUUCACCCCGGCUGUGGCUGCUUGCACUCCGGUUGAGGCCCUCCAGAUUCCAGUCACCGCUGUCGAGGCCAUCGAGGCCGACGACGAGCCGGAGCCGGAGCAGGAGUAACGCACAAGACGCUCCUCCCCUCUUCUUGGGGGUCUCUUCUCUUCCUCUGCCCAAUGAAGAGCGAGUGUGGCAUGCAUGCACGCACGCACGCACGCA